CACGUUAAUUAAUAAUACAAGUGGGUGCCUUGAACGCAGCAGUUCCGCCUCCUAUAUUCUUCUUGGUUUUAUCGCGAGAACACUGUCCGGUCACGAAGCUAACGCGGAGCAACAUGGCGGAAGAGGAGGUGGCCAAGCUGCAGAAGCAUCUGGCCCUGCUGAGGCAGGAGUACGUCAAGAUGCAGCAGAAGCUGGCUGACACGGAGAGACGCUGUGCUGUCCUUGCUGCUCAGGUGUCUGGCCCGUGCUCCACCAGCCCAGCAUCUGCUGACACCUUUAUCAGCCGGCUUCUGGAAAUUGUGUCGGAACUGUAUCGACAGGAACAAUACAGUGAUUUGAAAGUGAAGAUUGAUGGGGAUAGGCUCAGUGCCCAUAAAUUUGUCCUGGCUGCUCGCAGUGACGUCUGGAGUCUCACCAAUAUGGCCAACACCUCUGAACUGGACCUAUCUGAUUGCAAACCUGAGGUUGCCAUGGCGAUGUUACGCUGGGCAUACACGGACGAUUUGGAGCUUAGUGAAGAUGACGCAUUUCUCAUUGACUUGAUGAAGCUGGCCAACCGCUUCCAGCUUCAGCUUCUCAGAGAAAGGUGUGAAAAAGGUGUAAUGUCCUCGGUAAAUGUCAGGAACUGCAUUCGCUUCUACCAAACAGCUGAGGAGCUAAAUGCCACAACUCUGAUGAACUACUGUGGAGAGAUCAUAGCCAGUCACUGGGAUGAUCUGAGGAAAGAAGAUUUCAGCACCAUGAGUGCCCAACUUUUGUACAAGAUGAUAAAGUCUAAAACAGACUAUCCUCUCCAUAAAGCCAUCAAAGUUGAGCGUGAAGAUGUGGUUUUCCUUUAUCUCAUCGAGAUGGACUCACAGUUGCCACGCAAGUUGAAUGAACUUGACAACAACGGUGAUCUAGCUCUGGACUUGGCACUUUCCCGAAAACUGGAAAGUAUUGCCACCACUUUAGUUAACAGCAAAGCGGAUGUGGACAUGGUGGACCAGAGCGGAUGGAGUCUUCUGCAUAAGGCAAUCCAAAGAGGUGACGAAUUUGCCUCAGUCUUCUUAAUCCGUCACUCAGCUCAGGUGAACGCCGCUACUGUGGGAGCGGUGGAGACCCCUCUCCACCUCGUUUGUUCUUUUAGCCCCAAAAAACACUCAGCAGAAGUGAUGAGUGGCAUGGCAAGGAUUGCAGAAGCUCUGCUCAAAGCUGGAGCCAAUCCCAACAUGCAAAACAGCAAGGGCAGAACUCCCUUGCAUGAAGCUGUAGCUUCAGGAAACGAGCCUGUUUUCAGCCAGCUACUACAGUGCAGACAGCUCGACUUGGAACUUAAGGACCAUGAGGGCAGUGCAGCUUUGUGGUUAGCGCUGCAGUAUAUCACAGUUUCUUCAGACAACUCUGUAAAUCCAUUCGAGGACGAUGCUCCCGUUGUCAAUGGCACCUCGUUUGAUGAGAACAGCUUUGCGGCACAGUUAAUCCAAAGAGGGAGCAAUACCGAUGCGCCUGACUCAUCAACAGGGAACUGCCUCAUUCAGAGAGCAGCUCGUGCAGCCAAUGAGGCAGCUGCUCUUUUCCUAGCCACUCAUGGGGCAAAGGUCAAUCAUAUUAACAAAUGGGGGGAAAGUCCUCUUCAUACAGCUUGUCGCUUUGGCCUUGCAAGUCUUACAGCAGAGCUGCUCCAGCAAGGGGCCAACCCCAACCUACAGACCCUUAAGGCUUUGCCUGAUGAUGCACUUGGUGUGGCUUUUCAAACCCCCCUGCAUAUGGCCAUUGCUAACAACCACCCAGAUGUGGUCUCUGUCAUCCUUGAGCAAAAAGCAAAUGCACUUCAUGCCACCAAUAAUUUCCAGAUCAUUCCAGACUUCAGUCUCAAAGACUCUUUGGACCAGACAGUAUUGGGCUUGGCCCUCUGGACAGGUAUGCACACAAUAGCAGCUCAGCUACUGGGCUCAGGAGCUUCAAUCAAUGAUACCAUGUCCAAUGGACAAACCCUACUUCACAUGGCUAUCCAAAGACAGGACAGCAAAAGUGCCCUUUUCCUUCUUGAGCACCAGGCAGACAUCAAUGUGAGGACCCUGGAAGGACAGACAGCACUGCAGUUGGCCAUCAGUAACCAGUUGCCAUUAGUGGUGGAUGCUAUUUGCACAAGAGGAGCCGAUAUGUCAGUGGUGGAUGACAAAGGGGACCCUCCAUUAUGGCUCGCUCUGGAGAAUGGCCUGGAAGAUAUUGCAUCCACACUUGUUCGCCAUGGCUGUGAUGCAACAAGCUGGGGCAAAGGCCCUUCAGGCUGCCAACAGACCUUGCUGCAUAGAGCCGUUGAUGAGAACAACGAGGUCUCUGCUUGCUUUCUCAUCCGCAGUGGUUGUGAUGUGAACAGCCCCAGGCGGCCUGGCCCAAAUGGAGAAGGGGAAGAAGAAGCCAGAGAUGGACAAAUGCCUCUCCACCUUGCCAGCAGCUGGGGCCUGGAGGAGGUUGUGCAGUGCCUUCUAGAGUUUGGAGCUAAUGUUAAUACGCAGGAUGCAGAGGGUAGAACUCCGAUCCACGCUGCUAUUAGCAACCAGCACAACGUUAUUAUACAGCUUCUGAUUUCCCAUCUGGACAUACGUCUUAAUAUACGGGACCGGCAAGGAAUGACACCUUUUGCCUGCGCCAUGACGCAUAAGAACAACAAGGCAGCAGAAGCAAUCCUCAAAAGGGAGCCUGGUGCUGCUGAGCAGGUUGACAAUAAAGGGCGUAAUUUCCUCCAUGUGGCUGUGCAAAAUUCAGAUAUUGAAAGUGUCCUGUUCCUCAUUAGUGUGAAAGCUAAUGUCAACUCCAGAGUUCAGGAUGCCGCUAAGCUAACCCCUCUCCACUUGGCUGUGCAAGCUGGAUCCGAGAUCAUUGUCCGAAACUUGCUGCUUGCUGGAGCCAAAGUAAAUGAGCUGACUAAACACCGGCAGACCGCCCUGCAUUUGGCUGCUCAGCAGGACUUGGCUACCAUUUGCUCUGUACUCUUGGAGAAUGGCAUUGACUUUGCUGCUGAGGAUGAGAAUGGCAAUAAUGCACUUCACCUAGCAGUGAUGCAUGGCCGUCUUAACAAUAUAAGAUCCCUCCUCACAGAGUCAAACAUCGAUGCUGAGGCCUUUAAUCUCAGGGGUCAGUCGCCCAUGCACAUUUUAGGCCACUAUGGGAAAGAAAAUGCUGCAGCCAUUUUUGAAUUGUUCCUGGAGUGUAUGCCCGAAUACCCUUUGGACAAGCCAGAUAAUGAAGGAAACACAGUUUUGCUCCUGGCCUAUAUGAAAGGAAACGCUAACCUGUGCCGUGCCAUUGUGAGAGCUGGUGCUCGCCUUGGAAUCAAUAAUAAUCAGGGCAUUAAUAUUUUCAACUACCAAGUAGCAACAAAACAGUUGCUUUUUCGCCUUCUCGAUAUGCUGUCCAAAGAGCCCCCUUGGUGUGAUGGGUCCAAUUGCUACGAGUGUAUUGCCAAGUUUGGAGUCACAACUAGGAAACAUCACUGCCGUCAUUGUGGGCGUCUCUUGUGUCACAAGUGCUCUAUAAAGGAGAUCCCCAUCAUCAAGUUUGAUUUAAACAAACCAGUGAGGGUGUGCGACAUCUGCUUUGACGUACUAACUCUUGGUGGAGUGUCAUAACAGUCGAGCAGAUAUUCCCUACCUGCUAAUGUUGGCCUGGUCGGGGGCCCAACUUUGCAGUUACUGGCAACAGCAUAAGGGACAUCUGUAACAGGACAUACUAACGAGUAUUUCAGGCGAUUCUGGACCAGUGGCUUUCGUUUGAUAAUGUCCAAUUAUGUGGCUCUUUCUCAUCCUCUUGCUGUGAAUUUCAAUGAGUUCAUCAAUAGUGAGACGUCCAAUCCAUUUGAACUAGGAUGAUGGCAGCUAAUGAAUGUUUGUUCAUUUGCUAUCAACCAUCCCACUUCAAAUGGAUCAGAAGUCUAGUGCCGUCAAUGGCAGCCAAUGAGUUAAUAGAUAGCAGUAGGACUGUGGUAAUUUCUUAACUGCAAUAAUAAUGGUAAAUUCUUAACUACAUAAACGGUCGUUGCAAUUCAAUAAUGAACAUUAAUUACUUAAACACUGUUAGCAAAAUGUUUAACUAAUUAUUUCAGUAUCUGCAAUCUAUGCUGCCACCUGCCCAGCAGCAUGAUUUGUACGCUCGUGCUGUCAAAAUGCAGUGUAAAACUCGACUCACAAGGUCAGUAUGAUAUGGACUCUUUCUCUUGUGGCUUUGUAUUGUAUUACCUGAAUACAUUAUGAAAUGAAAUACAUUUUUUCAGACUCUGAAGCAUAACAUGGACAUUUCAGUUUCACUUGCGUGGCGCAAAAAUGGCUGAGCUGCCCAAAAAUAUGAAAUCAUUGAUGAGUGGGUUGUUUGAACCAUUAUUGAUACGUUUGGUGUGUAUAAGCACGAACAAGCAAUUUUGUAUGCCUCUGCAUGUACUAUAAUUUGUAGCAUUUCAGGACAAUGUCCUUUCUUCGAAAUCAGUCAAUUUAGGAGUACAUUCCAGUUUUGACUUGACCAUGAGGUCCUUGUCGCCACAAUGAUGCCUCAAGUCAAGUUGUCUUGACCUGACACAUAACCGCCAUUUUGAUUUUCUAAGCCUAACAGGUGCACUUUAUAAAGAUCAUGUGACAUGUCCAAUAGUUUGAGGGGAUGAGAAUGAUAGGGAUGGCCGAUUAGUAAGGCCUCUUUAAGUAUUGUUCAAUUGUACAGAUAAAUGUGUAAUAUUUUUUGACCACUGCUACCAUUUUUGUACUUAAUGCAGUUUGUGAUUGUCAUUGUGACAGACUUAAAUCCUGCCUCUGUUAAUCUUUUAUGCACAUUCUAAAAUCUUUUAUGCACAUUGUAUUGUAUCUGUAUGCUCAGAUAUCUAGCCCUUCUCUUCCGAGUGUAUCCUUUUAGAAAAAGGAAGAACAACUUUACAUAAAGGUCAUUUAAAACAAUGUCUUUGUCCCCACAGUCUGU